AUGUUUCCUACCUGUUCUGACUCGUCGUCGCUCAGCCACGCGAGCUCUGACUGGCAUCGCGCUCAAUUGCACUUCUGCGUUUCUAUUAAGGCCUGCACGUUCACGUCCCUUAAGGGGCUGGCCGUUGCAACCGUAGGCACCUUCCACAAUGGCUUCCGGUCAAAAAUCGAAUCUGGUGAGACCAAUCCUGCGCACUCUGGGGUGGCUUCGUGCAGUUUCAUGCACCUCCAUCGCAACCGCGACUCAAUCGGCGAAGCAGUUGUCUCAAUGGACAUGGAUCUCCUCACACUCGUGACUGUCAUCUUCCCAAAUUCCCUCGCUGAUGACCAUCGCCACAAAAUAGUGGCACGGGUGAAGGCUACCCUUCACAACAACCAGUUCACCUCCAGCAAGGUCCCUAACUUUGAAUCGUUGGCUGGAGAAAAUCUCCACUUUCCCCGCAAGACCUAUGCCCACCACGUGUUUCAGUGGCUGAUGCGUGUCUACACACACUGCUUCCGCAAAGCCCUCCUCAUUGCCUACCGCCCGCUGGAUGGUUCAUACAUCGACAUUAAGUCGUAUGUUGACCCCGAACCUGAGUUUACCGCCGCGAAAGCCAACGGUGAAAAUCAUCUCCUCUUGUGCAAUAUCCUGAUUGGCUAUUCUCUGGAUGCUGUCAAGAAAAUGCUCCUCUCCCAGCGCAACAAGUCUGGUCGCAAGUGGCUGCGUGACGUUAAGCUGUUGCACAAGAUCCUAGAUCUGUAUGAGGAGGUGUAUCACCCUAAGAUGGCCGGACUACCCGUGGCUGAGGAUGACGAUCGCUUGUUUGAGCAGGUCCCUACUGUAAUCUAG